UGUGAUUUACUUCAUCGUAAUAAGAACCAUAUGGGCAAAGAGUAAAGCACAUGCAGUGAUAGUGUCCAACUGUUCUGAUGGAAAAUUUUGUACCGGUUAUAGUCACAGAGGGCUCAUAUCAAAGGCUAAAAUGAAAGCUAUCAAAUACAGCAUUGUAGUUAUUCUUGCCUUCAUACUUUGUUGGAGUCCAUACUUUUUAUUUGACAUUCUGGACAACUUUAACAUGCUUCCUGACACCAAAGAACGAGUCUAUGCGUCGGUGAUUAUUCAGAACCUACCUGUUUUAAAUAGUGCAAUUAAUCCAAUUAUUUUUUGCAUAUUUAGCAACAGGCACUGUCGUCUCUCCAGAGAAAGACGUUCCAGAAACUUUGGAGGCACCCUCAGAGACAAAACCGAAGGGGUAGAAAUGCAAAUUGUAUCUAGACCUGAAUACAUCUAA